CAGGUGACCAUGCCUGUCCUCGGCCCAGCACUUCUCCAGGCACUCUGGACCGGUUGGGUCCUUACCCUUCCGCCCCCUCCAACAGCUGCUUUCACUCCCAAUGGCACGCAUCUGCAGCACCUGGUGAGGGACCCCACUUCAGGCACCCUCUAUCUAGGAGCCACCAACUUCCUGUUUCAGCUGAGCCCUAGGCUACAGCUGGAGGCCAAGGUCUCUACUGGCCCUGUGUUAGACAGCAGGGACUGCCUGCCACCCGUGAUACCUACUAAGUGCCCCCAGGCCCAGCUUACCAACAACCCAAACCAGCUGCUCCUGGUGAGCCCAGGGGCCCUGGUAGUGUGUGGAAGUGUACACCAGGGAAUCUGUGAGCAGCGGCGUCUGGGGCAGAUCGGGGAGCUGCUGCUGCGGCCAGAGCAGCCUGGAGACAGCCAGUAUGUGGCCGCCAAUGAUCCUGCAGUCAGAACAGUGGGACUGGUAACCCAGGGCUUGGCAGGGGAGCCCCUCUUGCUUGUGGGGCGAGGAGACACCACCAAGGGAGCAGGGGGUGGCAUCCCACCCAUCACAACCCGGGCUCUACAGCCACUAGACCCCCAAGCUGUCUUCUCCUACGAGGAGACAGCCAAGCUGGCAGUGGGCCACCCCUCUGAGUACAACCACCACUUCGUGAGUGCCUUUGCACACCGGGCCAGCGCCUACUUCCUGUUCAUGCGGCGGGACCUGCAGGCUCAGUCUAGAGCCUUCCGUACCUAUCUGUCUCGAAUGUGCCUCCGGGACCAACACUACUAUUCCUAUGUGGAGUUGCCUCUGACCUGCCUUGGUGGCCGUUAUGGGCUGGUACAGGCCACAGCUGUGGCCACAUCCAGGGAGGUGGCCCGUGGGGAGGUGCUCUUUGCUAUCUUCUCCUUGGCUGUUCCCUCCACUAUGGGCCGGCCCCCACUGGUGGUUUCCGGAGCAUCUGGGGCUUCUGCCCUCUGUGCCUUCCCCCUGGAUGAGGUGGACCGGCUUGCUAAUCGCACACGAGAUGCCUGCUACGCCUGGGAGGGCCGUGCUAUGGAUGGGACUGAGGUGGCCUACAUCGAAUAUGAUGUCAAUUCUGACUGUGCACAGCUGCCAGUGGACACCUUGGAUACUUAUCCCUGUGGCUCAGACCAUACGCCUAGCCCCAUAGCCAGCCGGGUCCCUCUGGAAGCCACACCAGUUCUGGAGUGGCCAGGGGUUCAGCUAACAGCUGUGGCAGUCACCAUGGAGGAUGGACACACCAUUGCUUUCCUGGGUGAUAGUCAAGGGCAACUGCACAGGGUCUACUUGGGCGCAGGGAGCGAUGGCCACCCAUACUCCACACAGAGCAUCCAGCAGGGAUCUGCCGUGAACAGAGACCUCAUCUUUGAUGGGACCUUCGAGCACCUGUAUGUCAUGACCCAGAACACACUUCUGAAAGUUCCUGUGGCCUCCUGUGCUCAGCACCUGGACUGUGCAUCCUGCCUUGCUCACAGGGACCCCUACUGUGGGUGGUGUGUGCUCCUUGGCAGGUGCAGCCGCCGUUCUGAGUGCUCGAGGGGCCGGGGCCCAAAGCAGUGGCUGUGGAGCUUCCAACCUGAGCCAGGCUGUCUGCAGGUGGUAGCCAUGAGUCCUACCAACAUCAGCCGACAGGAAAAGAGGGAGGUUUUCCUAUCAGUGCCAGACUUGCCACUCCUAUGGCCAGGGGAGUCAUAUUCCUGCCAUUUUGGGGAACAUCAGAGUCCUGCCUUGCUGACCGAUUCUGGGGUGAAGUGCCCUUCUCCAGACCCUAGUGAGGCCCCAGUGCUGCAGAGAGGAGCCGACCACAUCUCUGUGAGUGUGGAGCUCAGGUUUGGUGCUGUCGUGAUUGCCAAAGCUUCCCUCUCCUUCUAUGACUGUGUAGCAGUCACUGAGCUCCACCCAUCUGCGCAGUGCCAGGCCUGCGUGAGCAGCCGUUGGGGAUGUAACUGGUGUGUCUGGCAACACCUGUGCACACACAAAGCCUCGUGUGAUGCCGGGCCGAUGGUGGUGAACCAACAGAACCCACUUCUCCUCCUAGCCCCUCCUGCAAGAGACGUGCCCACCUCCUUCCCACCCGCAGCCCCCAAAGCCCUGGUCACCCCUGCUCCUGACACUCUUCCUGUGGAGCCUGGGGCUCCCUCCACAGCCACAGCCUCAGAUGUCUCACCUGGUGCCAGGCCUUCCCUGCCCAGCCCCUGGGAGCCGUGGGCAGGUCCCGGCCCCAUGUCUUCCCCCACCUCUACAGAACUACCUCUCCACAAGAAGCCCUCUCCUCCUAACCCUCCCAACAGACCUGGAACCAUUGUCCCUGCCCCCACUGACUUCAGACCCACAGCCACACCUGAGGACCUCUUGGCCUCCCCUCCAUCACCUUCAGAGGCAACAGCAGUGCCCCCUGCAGACCCUGGCCCUGAGGCCCUUCCCUCUGUGGUACCCCUGGACCAGCCCCCCAGCACUGCUCCUGCCACCACUUUCCCAGGGGCCGCGGGCUCCACGAAGCCCGCUCUGGACUGGCUCAUGAGAGAAGGCGGAGAGCUGCCCGAGGUGGACGAGUGGACGGGGGGUGACGCGCCCACCUUCUCCACUUCCACCCUCCUCUCAGGUGAUGGAGACUCAGCAGAGCAUGAGGGCCCUCCUGCCCCUCUCAUCCUCCUGUCCAGCCUUGACUAUCAGUAUGACACCACCGGGCUCUGGGAGCUGGAAGAGGUCAGUUGGGGGGCAAGCUCUUGCCCCUGUGUGGAAAGUGUUCUGGGCUCCACACUGAUGCCAGUCCACGUGGAGCGGGAAGUCCGGCUGCUAGGCAAGAACCUGCACCUUUACCAGGACAGCCCAGGAGACAAUGAGUGUGUGAUGGAGCUGGAAGGCCUCGAGGUGGUGGUUAAAGCCCGGGUUGAGUGUGAACCACCUCCAGAUACCCAGUGCCACAUCACCUGCCAGCAACACCAGCUCAGCUAUGAAGCUCUGCAGCCAGAGCUCCGUGUGGGGCUGUUUCUGUGUCGGGCUGGCCGCCUGCGUGUGGACAGAGCUGAGGGGCUGCAUGUGGUACUAUAUGACUGUUCUGUGGGACAUGGGGACUGCAGCCGCUGCCAAACUGCCAUGCCCCAGUACGGCUGUGUGUGGUGUGAGCGGGAGCAUCCACGUUGUGUGGCCCAGGAGGCCUGUGGCGAGACUGAGGCUGUGGCCACCCAGUGCCCUGCACCCCUCAUCCACUCGGUGGAACCACUGACUGGGCCUAUAGACGGAGGCACCCGUGUCACCAUCAGGGGCUCCAACCUGGGCCAACAUGUGCAGGAUGUGCUGGACACAGUCAGGGUGGCUGGAGUGCCCUGUGCUGUGGAUGCCCAGGAGUAUGAGGUCUCCAGCAGCCUCGUGUGCAUCACUGGAGCCAGUGGGGAGGAGAUGGCUGGUGCUGCAGUAGUGGAGGUGCCCGGAAGAGGACGCAGCAUCUCAGAACAUAACUUCACCUACCAGGACCCGAAGCUGCAUUCCAUCUUUCCGGCCCAUGGCCCCAGAGCUGGGGGCACCCGCCUCACCCUGCAAGGCUCCAAGCUCCUGACUGGACGUCUGGAGGACAUCCGAGUGUUGAUUGGAGACCAGCUUUGCCACUUGCUGCCAGAACAGCAGUCGGAGCAGCUGUGGUGUGAGACCAGCCCACACCCCACACCUGCCACACUCUUUGUGACUGUGUGGUUUGGGGCUACUGAGCGGAGGCUUCAACAUGGCCAGUUCAAGUACACAUCAGACCCCAGCAUCACUUCUGCUGGCCCCACCAAGAGCUUUCUCAGUGGAGGACGUGAGAUAUGGGUCUAUGGCCAGAAUCUGGAUGUGGUACAGACACCAAGAAUCCGAGUGACUGUGGCCUCAGUGCAGCGGCCCAACCAGGGGCUUGGACGGAGGCGGCGUGUGGUCCUGGAAACAGCAUGUCCCCUUGGAGCCUCCUGCGGCAGCCAUCACUUUGAGGAGCCAUGCCGUGUGAACUCCUCUCAGCUCAUCCUGUGCCGCACACCUGCCAUCCCAGGCCUGCCCGAGGACCCCUGGGUUCAGGUGGAAUUUAUCCUUGACAACCUGGUCUUCAACUUUGCAACACUGAACCCCAUACCCUUCUCCUAUGAGCCUGACCCCAUCCUGCAGCCCCUCAACCCUGAGGACCCCACCAUGCCAUUCCGGCACAAGCCUGGAAGUGUGUUUUCUGUGGAGGGGGAGAACUUGGACCUUGCAAUAUCCAAGGAGGAGGUGGUGGCGAGGAUAGGGGAUGUCCCCUGUGUGGUAAAGACACUGACCCGGCACCACCUGUACUGUGAGCCCCCCGUGGAGCAGCCCCUGCCACAGCACCAUGCCCUCCGAGAGGCACCUGAUGUUUUGCCAGAAUUUACGGUCCAGAUGGGAAACCUGCGCUUCUCUUUGGGUCAUGUGCAGUUUGACAGCGAGGGCCCUGUGGCUUUUCCUGUGGCAGCCCAGGUGGGCUUGGGGGUGGGCGCCUCUCUUCUGGCUCUGGGUGUCAUCAUCAUUGUCCUCAUGUACAGGAGGAAGAGCAAGCAGGCCCUGAGGGACUAUAAGAAGGUUCAGAUCCAGCUGGAGAAUCUGGAAAGCAGCGUGCGGGACCGUUGCAAGAAGGAGUUCACAGACCUCAUGACCGAGAUGACUGACCUCACCAGUGACCUUCUGGGCAGCGGCAUCCCCUUCCUUGAUUACAAGGUGUAUGCCGAGAGGAUCUUCUUUCCUGGGCACCAGGAGUCACCCUUGCACCGAGACCUGGGUGUGCCUGAGAACAGACGGCCCACUGUGGAGCAAGGGCUGGGGCAGCUCUCCAACCUGCUCAACAGCAAGCUCUUCCUCACCAAGUUCAUCCAUACCCUGGAGAGUCAGCGCACCUUCUCAGUCCGGGACCGUGCCUAUGUGGCAUCUCUGCUCACUGUGGCACUGCAUGGGAAGCUGGAGUACUUCACUGACAUCCUCCGUACUCUGCUUAGUGACCUGGUGGCCCAGUAUGUGGCCAAGAACCCCAAGCUGAUGCUGCGCAGGACAGAGACCGUGGUAGAGAAGCUGCUCACCAACUGGAUGUCCAUCUGCCUGUACACCUUCGUGAGGGACUCGGUAGGGGAGCCUCUGUACAUGCUCUUCCGAGGGAUUAAACAUCAAGUGGACAAGGGGCCAGUGGACAGCGUGACUGGCAAAGCCAAAUACACCCUGAACGACAACCGCCUGCUCAGAGAGGACGUGGAGUACCGUCCCCUGACCUUGAAUGCGCUGUUGGCAGUGGGGCCUGGGGCAGGAGAGGCCCAAGGUGUGCCUGUGAAGGUCCUGGACUGUGACACCAUCUCCCAGGUCAAGGAGAAGAUGCUAGACCAACUUUACAAAGGAGUACCUCUUGCCCAGCGACCUGACCCUCGCACCUUGGAUGUUGAGUGGCGGUCUGGGGUGGCCGGGCACCUCAUUCUUUCUGAUGAGGACGUCACUUCUGAGGUUCAGGGUCUGUGGAGGCGUCUGAAUACCCUGCAACAUUACAAGGUCCCAGAUGGAGCUACUGUGGCCCUUGUCCCCUGCCUCACCAAGCAUGUUCUCCGGGAAAACCAAGAUUAUGUGCCUGGAGAGCGGACCCCAAUGCUGGAAGAUGUAGAUGAGGGAGGCAUCCGGCCCUGGCACCUGGUGAAGCCAAGUGAGGAACCGGAGCCGCCCAGGCCUCGGAGGGGCAGCCUUCGGGGCGGGGAGCGUGAGCGUGCCAAGGCCAUUCCUGAGAUCUACCUGACCCGCCUGCUAUCCAUGAAGGGCACCCUGCAGAAGUUCGUGGAUGACCUGUUCCAGGUGAUUCUUGGCACCAGCCGCCCAGUGCCACUUGCUGUUAAGUACUUCUUUGACCUACUGGACGAGCAAGCCCAGCAGCACGGCAUCUCUGACCAGGACACCAUCCACAUCUGGAAGACCAACAGCUUGCCUCUGAGGUUCUGGAUCAAUAUAAUAAAAAACCCGCAGUUUGUGUUCGACGUGCAGACAUCUGAUAACAUGGAUGCAGUGCUCCUUGUCAUUGCGCAGACCUUCAUGGACUCCUGCACCCUGGCUGACCACAAGCUGGGCCGGGACUCCCCUAUCAACAAACUCCUGUAUGCUCGGGAUAUUCCCCGUUAUAAGCGGAUGGUAGAAAGGUACUAUGCAGAUAUCAGACAGACCGUCUCGGCAAGUGACCAAGAGAUGAACUCUGUCCUGGCUGAGCUAUCUCGGAACUACUCUGGAGACCUUGGGGCACGAGUGGCUCUUCACGAACUCUACAAGUAUAUCAACAAGUACUAUGACCAGAUCAUUACUGCCCUGGAGGAGGAUGGCAUGGCCCAGAAGAUGCAGCUGGGCUAUCGGCUCCAACAGAUUGCAGCUGCUGUAGAAAACAAGGUCACGGAUCUGUAGGGACCUGGAAGCUCUUGCCUGCUGUUGCCUCAGCCCUGCCUAGGCAGCCCUGGGACCUCAAGGGAGAGACCACCUUCUUAGACACCUGUAGUGACUGACAAACAGAGUUAGUAGAAGGUGGCUUCCAGGCUCCUGGUGGCUCUGGCCUCGGCCCUGCUGGACCCACCACACAGGCCUGGGGCCUUGAGGCUCAUGAGGGUAGUGCCCAGCCUGCUCUCUGAGCCCAGUGACCUGUGGGCUACUAGUCUGCAGGGAGUUGGGGACUAAGGGCUUCCAGAGAGUGACCGGAAGGACCUCCAGGCCCCUGGGGAGACCAUACUGUUCCUGAACACUGGCCUUUGCCCUACUGGGAUUUGGAGAGGAAGGAGGAGAGCCCCACGCUUCCUGUCCUCCUCCCCAUCCCACCGUCCCUGACCUCAGUUUAGCUGCCUCUGGCCUUGUUGCUGCUGUCACAUCCUAGGUCCAUGAGAUGAACGCCUCUCCUGUGCCACGGCAGACUGACCUCUCAGCGGGGCUGGCUGCCUCAGGGCCACUCUGCUUCCCAGGCAGCCAUGGUGAGGGGCAUCUGUUGCAGGGGGCCUUGGGGAGAGUGUGGCUCCACUGACCUAGCUCUUUAUUAAAUGGUAACACACUG